AUGGAAGUGCUACAUUAUCUCGCAUACAUCCUUGGCCGGCUACUGUACCCAAUCCGUGGCCAUGAUUCGCGCCAAAUCAUUCAUUGCCAGGCCUUCAAAGACCUUCCCGAGCCCAAUAUGACUCUCGAAGCACCUGAUAUUGGCCCCUCAGGCUCCAAGCUCCCACUUCAUUGUACCUGCAAGGCAGAAGAUGGCAUGGGCUCCCUUCCUGAGCUACACUGGACAGCUCCAAACUGUUGCGAGGAAGUCAAGGAGUAUAUACUCCUGUGUGAAGACCUCGAUCCGCCGAUUCCAUUCCUAGUAAUCCACCACGGUCUCCUCUGGGCGAUCCCAGCCACUACUACCAAGGCCGAAGCUGCCAACGUCGAGCCAGACGAACACGCUAAGGUCUCCCGUCUGACCGUUGCUGGUUGGCGCUUCGUGCCCAACAUCCUCGGAUUGCCGUAUGUCGGCGCUGGUGCCCCCCUCGGUCACGGAAAACAUCGCUACGUGUUUACUGUUAUCGCCCUCAACGAGUCGUUGAAGUUCAAGACCCCUGCGAAGGUCGGCAAGAAGGAUAUCAAGCGCGCUAUGACGGGUAAGGUUGUCGGCUGGGGACAGUGGACUGGCAUCUUUGAAAGGCCCUGGCCCAACUAG